AUGGCUCUGGCGGGUGUCGUGCCUUUUAAGCACGAGGCGGAGGCCGGCGCCACGUUGUAUUGGCGCUUGCGCGGCCACCGCCAGACGGGCGAGGCACCGCCAGAGCCGGCGGUCGAGCAGGAGUGGAGGCACCAGGCCCGGCAAAAUGCCCUGGACCGGUGGCGCCGCGAGCUCAUCCAGAGCGGCGCAGCCGGCCAGCGAGCGGUCGGGGCGGUCCUGCCGGUUAUCAACGAAUGGCGGGACCGCGGCUUCGGAAGGGUCACCUACCGGACCACGCAGGUACUCACCGGGCACGGCUGCUUCGGUGACUACCUGUGCCGGAUAGGUCGCGAGGCGACGCCGAUAUGCCACCACUGCGGGGCGGAGCGGGACUCCGCGCAGCACACACUGCAGCAUUGCCCAGUGUUUGCGCGGGCCCGUCACGCCCUGGAGUGCGAGGUAGGCCCUGAUCUCUCGCCGGAGGCUGUAGUGAGAGCCAUGCUUUCCGGCGAGGAUCAGUGGCGGGCGGUGACCUCAUUCUGUGAGGAGGUCAUCGCCCUCAAGGAGGAAGCGGAGCGGGGUCGGGAGGAGAGCUGA